AUGAAAUUUGACGUGAAACACGACUGCAGCUUCGGAAACAACGGAGUUUGUCGCAUAUGCCCACGCUUCACCCCCGGAAUAGCCAGCCCGGAGCUCGCCCAGCAGCGCCUGACGGCCCCGCCGUUGCUACCCGGUCUACUUAUAGCCCGGUUGCCAUGGGCUCGUCCUGUGACGCCACGCGAACCGGGGCAGAUUCCUCCGCGCCGCCCCCCCCCCGGCACCACUCCACCAGAGCGCGCGUGCGCGGAGAGAACGUUUUCCCCUCGCCACGUGACGCCGCCCACUUAUUUAUUUAUUUAUCGGCUCACUCUCUCUCUCUCCCCACGCCUCCCUCCCUCCCUCUUCACCCGAGCAGCCUCGUCGUGCCCCGCGCGCCGCCUCCUCCGCCUCGUCACGUGGCCCCGAGCGACGCCGGCUUUCCGGAAGUACGUCACGUAGAGCUCGGGCCUGGCUCCUCCUGAGUUCUCCCCCUUUCCCAACCCCCACCCCCACGCAGCUCGGAACUUCGGCUCGAAACAAAAACAAACCGCGGGGGUGGGGGAAGAGUCGCUGCCGCGGCCCUUCGUGUGUGCGCGCGCGCGCGCGUGCCGGCGUGCGGGGUGGGGGAGGGGUGCCGGCGAGUGACUGUUGGGGCGGAGGAGGCGAAGCCGCGGCGGCGGCGGCGGCGGCGGCGGGCGAAGGUGCGCAAGGGCGGGGCCCGUCAGCGGGAGGGUGCGCGGGGGCGGCGGAGUGGUGAGCCCUGAGGGAGGGGGAGGGGCCUCCGUCGAGGUGCGGAGGGGGGGAGUCACUGAGGAGGGAGGGGGUGUAUCCGUGUAUUUGUGUGAGGGGGGUUUAUAAGUGUGUUGAGGGACUGGGUCGUGUCGCGUCUCUUGGUCGCGGGGAGAGUCCCCCCCCACACACACCUUGGCCCUCUUCAGGUGUGACCCUUUUCGGCUGGGAGGGGUGGGAUCCAGGAGCUGUCACUGUGCAGGUGGGCCCGCUUUUGACCCUCAUGGUCUUUCCCCUGCAACAGGGACCGAAGAAGUGGCUGCAAAAAGGGCCCGUGGUUUUGGGCCGGGCUGCAGCGUUGCAUGCUGUUGCAGGUGCUGUGUGUGUGUGUAACCUCAGAGGCUGAGGAGCUUGUGGCAGCCCCUGUUUCCUGUCGUGUAGGAAGCUGUCAGGUGCCAAGAAGCAGGUGAGCGGAGGCACCUGGGUUAGGCAGGGUCCCCAAGUGCGCAAGUUGCACCCCCACCCACCCAGGAGACUUUUCCAGACACGUGGGAAUAAGGGGUGUAUUGUAUUGUGGGGCUGGAGGAUAUGGCUUUCUAGGCCAUGGGCCGACUGUGAAAGAAGCUGCGGGGGGGGGGGGAGUGUUGCGCGCUACAAAACCCGAGGGGUUGCCUUUGCUCUUCUUUCCAAAUAAAGGCUCCUAGAAGCAGGCGGUGGAGAUUAUUGCGGCAUGUGGUUCGUGCCAACUGGCGAGAAGUAAGGAGAGGUCCGAAAGUGUGGGAAAGAAAGUGGCUUGGUUAGGUCAGUGCAGUGAAAAUAGCGUAGCUGCUUUGUUGCUGAUGUCAUGAGAUGAACAGCUCUCACAGCCAACCAGAUGCCCAGAGGCAAUGUUAUAGCAACCAACUGUGCCACAACAACUUAGAUGAGACCUCAACCUCAGCUGGUGAGCUUAGGGGCUCAAAAAAGAUAGUUAUUUUAGGAGUACAUUAGCCCUUUCAGGGGUUUUUUGGGGGGGUACCAUCAUAAAUACAAGGUUUAUUGGUGCCAAAGUUAGCAAUUAACAGGUAACAAUGUAUUUUCUGGGUGCUUAAAAGACUUUACAUCUACUAGAUUGUGAGCCUGAGAGCAGGAGCCGCCUUCUCAUUGAUAUUUGUAAAGUACUCUGAGAGCCUUUUUAGCUGAAGACUAGAAUAAAAAUACAACAAAACUGUAAAGCGAUCUAGCCUUCUGUGUCAGACCAACAUGGCUACCUACCUGAAUCUAGCCUUCUAUGGGUCAACAUGGGCCUUGAGAAAUCCUUUCUUCCGUGGGCUAUAAAAAUGUUUUAUCUGCCACUGAUCUGAGCAAAAUUGCAAACAAACAUGAGAAAUUUGAACCAAAAUGCUGAUGAAUUUUCAUGAAGAUUUUUAAAAAUAAAUUUGCAAAUGGAUAUGGUAAUGUGGAUAAGUGAAUUUAAGGUUGGAAACAUUAGGAAUGGAAAAAAUACAAAAUCAACAUAUAUGACUAUCCUUGUUUUUAGGCAGCAUGGGAUACAUUUAUGAAGGCUCUAAAUUUUGUUCUGCUGCUUUGGGGAUGGCUCAGUUAAGAAGGCUUGUUCUUCUGCAGUUCCUUCUUUGCUGCUUUCCAAAUUUGUUUCUGGUUUGUGUGUGCAUGUGAAUAGUGCUGUUUGUUCCUAAUAAAAUUUGCUUUUGAAAGACUCAGUAGCUGAGCUUUGUUCACAGUCUAGGCACUGUGGUCUGGAUCUAUGGGGCAGUCCUGCUUUGUGGCAGGCUUAACUGCAAAAGAUUUUCAUAUUAUGUAAACAUGAUUUUAUGUGGAGAGGGAAAUGGGUGUGGAAGAGUUUUUUUGAAGAUGAAAUGGGAGUUUAUUGGUUAUGUUCUAGUGUAUUCCAGAAGCUGGACGUUUCUGAGAAGGAAGAAUUAUUCACUGGAACUUGCCACCACAAGAUGUAGUGAUGGCUGACAAUUUGGACUUUUAACAGUGGUCUGCCAGGAAUCUCAGCAAUUUUUAAAUAGUCUCUUUGGGUGGGCAAAGAGUUUGGGAACCACUGGUCUAAAGGCUAUGUCCUCUGUGGGGUGGAAACCAGGAUCCAGCUGCACUGACUUUGUAACAACUGGAUCCCAUGGGUGUAGCUUCUACAGGUUAGAAUGUACUGUGCCUGUUGAUGACUGGCUUUCCCAGUAGAAGAGAUAAAUCCUGGAUGAAACUCCAGGCCUUCUUCCCCCUCCACCCAUUUCAAAGCAGUUGCUGUUCCUUACACUCAGAACAGAUCAGCAUUCACAUUUAAGAGCCAGGUGCUAGUUCUUGGUUCCUUUUGUAGUGAUGCAGCCCUGUGCAGUGUGUUUUCAGGAAGGCAUCGCAGUUUGGCAUGUAGUGCCCUUUGUUGCUCAGACUUGGAGAGCUUUUCACACUUCUAUUCUUCUUCAUCAUAGCUAUUGCCUUAGAGGCUAUUAUUUUAUCUCAGGCUUACACCUGAGUCAUGGACUCCUGGCUGGGAGUGGUUUGGGUGUCUUUAAGCUUAAUGGGAAGGGAGCUCUGGCUCAUGGAGUGUUCCGUCUUGUUCAUACUUGGCUAUUGGUAGGAUUUAAUUGGGCUUAGAGUUGAUAGUUUAGAAUUCUUAGUGAGGAAGAGCGCUUUGAAAUUCUCAAGCAUUUCUGAAAGGCUAUGAGCCUAUAUUUUUAUAUAAAGUUUAUAUAAGGUUAAUCAUGGGCAGUAGUAUACUGUCUGGCAGAAAACACAUGGAAAAGCAAACUCUUUUGAGUAUGGCGGGGUCUUUUGUAAUUGGUAGAAAAGUUUUGGAGUAGUAGUUUUCCAUCUAAGUUGUGUGCCAGUAUUCACCUGGUGUCUUGGGCCAUUUGCUAGGCAUACAUUGAUGUGUGCCCUGGACCCUCCUUUAAAAAAAACCACACACAGAGACUGGCUUAUUUGGGCAGCUGGGUCUAGAGACUAUUUUAAUUUCUCACACUGACCAGAAUUGGGGAUGUUAUAGGAAAUCAAAAUGGUCUCUAGAUCCAGCAACUCAGUUGUAGAUCAAUCAGACCCAUUCAUGGAGGAGGAGUGCCACCAGAGGACCACUUUGCCCAGGGCCCCCUAAAUCUGGAGGUGUCCAUGUUCCUACCCAUCUCUAAGGUCUGCCACUUGGGACUGUCACUGUUACUGCGUACCUCAGUCCUGACUGCUAUGUUUCCUAGUAAUACUUCACAUUCAGAGUGUAAUCCAAUUUGCUGAGGCCCGUGAAUGGUGGGGAGUACUAAGCUUACCAGGAGCAACAAAAUAUAGCACGAUUAUACUGGUGACGGAAGAGCAAAGUAGUGGCUCGGUGAGCUCAUUGGAGAUCCAGGGGACCUGGUGUUGCGUAUAAAGGCUGCCACUUGUGGACUAUUUGUUGUCCCUUUGUGCUCCAGCGUAUUUGAAGUAAUUGCCUGGUUGCAUCUUCAAAAAUGUUGUUUCCUGGGUGGGAAUUUGUGUGCUUCUUGCAAGGAAAGUCCUGUCUGGUCUGUAUCAUAUUUGAUGCUCAGGUCAUGCUUCUCUUGAGGUACAUACAUAAUCUGGCCUUUGUGCAGGCAGUUAUCCUUGAAAUUUAACUUCUUGAACCUAGGUGGUAUUUCCAAGUAAGAGUUCCUAGGCUUCACUUUCACUGUACUGUGCCCAGGAGGCAAUAAGUGGGGAAGACCAUGUUAAGGCUCUUUAUAACUGAAUUGACAGGUGAUGAAUCUGAAAAAGUAAAGCAUUCAAUUUUGGCUUCCUUCUGACAGCCUAAGCCAGGGGUAGGCAAACGAAGGCCUGGGUGCCGGAUCUGGCCCAAUGGCCUUCUAAAUCUGACCCACGGACGGUCCGGGAAUCGGCUUGUUUUUACAUGAGUAGAAUGUGUCUUUUUAUUUAAAUUGCAUCUCUGGGUUAUUUGUGAGGCAUAGGAAUUCGUUCAUUUUUAUUUUUUUUCAAAAUAUAGUCCGGCCCCCCACAAGGUCUGAGGGACAGUGGACCGGCCCCCUGCUGAAAAAGUUUGCUGACCCCUGGCCUAAGCUUUUCCUGUUUGUUCUUGGCAGGUGGUGGAGAGUGAAACUGGUAUCUGACAGCUUAGGUCUCUGAGCUGGCUAACCUGAUAGUGGCACGCAGGCUAGCAGGGAAAGGGAAUUGGCCUGUAGCUGCCUGGAAUGCAGCGGGGAGCCUGUAUUGCUCACCCUGGCUGGCAGUAACAAGCAGGGGUGUCUCUGAUUACCUCUUCAGAGAGCUGCUUUUACUGUAUUGCUGUAACGAUGUGAUGAAUAUUUAAGUUGUAACUGGCCUCUUGGAUGCAAGGCACUCAAAUGGACAAGCAAAUGGAGGGGUGUUGGUAGAUUUUGGAAAGCCCCAGGAACUCCGUAACUUAAAGGAAAUUUUACUGGCUUUUACGUCCACUCAGAGAAUCAUAAUAGUUUCUGAAGCAGCAACAACCCGCAUGGAAAUCAACAGUCUUGUGCUCAGCUGUUUCUAUUGCACCCAGUAAUGGAAAGGGAUCAGAUAACAGCACUCUGGAUUUGACAGACUACUGAGCCACCCAUUUGUUCUGAUAGAACUAGAUCCUCAACAGGAUGACUUUUUGUCUUACAGAAAUAUUGCCUGUACAUUUUGACUGUGGUCAUGCAAUGUAAAAUAAAAUCCUCAUCUUAAAAUGCAUGUAGAUAAGAUCGUGCCUUGAAUGGCACUUCCUUGAAUGGGCAGUGCUUCCUAUUCCGAUCAGUAGUACUGUAUUCAUUUUUCAAAGCAAAGACAUUUGUGCUGGCUUUCCCUGUCUUACGUGUGUGUGUUUGUGUGUGUGUGUGUACACAUAUACACAGCACUUCAGUAAGGCUUCUGACAGCACAGGUAUUUGCCGUUCCUCUGCUACCACCCUUACCCAUUGUGUUCCUCCAUGUGCCCCCCAGGCAUUUGUUCCUUGCCAGAGAGAUUGA